UCCUACUAUCAUCGGAUUGGUCAAUAAUAUCAUGUCUGGACAAAUUAGCAACAAGUAUAAAUGUUCAAGUUUUACCUUUUACUUUAAAUUUUUAUUUUCAACUGAGAUCAUUAAAAAAAAAAAAAAAAAAAGUCUUGCCCUCUCAGACUUUCGAGUGGAUCGAUUCCGUACAAUGAAAACCCAAAAUCUAGUCUCCCUCCCGCCUCCUAGUCUUACUCCUUGUCCUCGUCCUGCAUCUCUCUGAAUUCACAAAACAUAUCAAAACCUAAUUCUCCGAGUUCUCUCCAUCUUAAUCCAAAUCAGUUUUUUUCUUUGUAGUUAUUACGCUCCAAUCACUUACGCCCGAAUAAUUAUUACCCAUCUUUGUUUCUUUUUCACUGUAUCGACAGAUAUACUGACGGGCAUUUUUGGAGGAUAAGAAACCGUAAUUUUUGCAUUUUAGUCAUAUGGCGUAUAUAAAAUGGGUCAAUAGAUCGGCCUCAGUGGCACUGGCCCCGGACGCGCCGUACAUGGCGGCGGGGACAAUGGCUGGGGCGGUCGAUCUUUCCUUCAGCUCAUCGGCUAAUCUCGAGAUCUUCAAGCUUGAUUUACAGAGUGAAGAUCGGGAGCUUCCCGUGGUAGGUCAAUGCCCCAGCUCAGAGCGUUUUAACCGCCUUGCUUGGGGGAAGAACGGAUCCGGCUCCGACGAGUUUUCACUCGGGCUCAUUGCUGGUGGCCUCGUUGAUGGCAGCAUCCAUAUUUGGAAUCCGUUGACCUUGAUCCGCUCUGAGGCAAGUGAACAAGCUCUGGUUGGACAUCUUUCAAGGCACAAAGGGGCCGUUCGUGGUCUUGAGUUCAAUGCCAUUGCUCCAAAUUUACUAGCAUCUGGGGCAGAUGAUGGUGAAAUCUGCAUCUGGGAUUUAGCAGCACCUGCACUACCCACCCAUUUUCCACCUCUUAAGGGUAGUGGUUCUGCCACUCAAGGUGAAAUCUCAUUUCUGUCUUGGAAUAGCAAGGUUCAACAUAUAUUGGCAUCAACUUCAUAUAACGGAACUACUGUUGUUUGGGACUUGAAGAAGCAAAAACCAGUGAUAAGUUUUGCAGAUUCAGUAAGAAGGCGAUGUUCUGUUCUGCAGUGGCAUCCUGAUGUUGCCACUCAACUUGUUGUUGCAUCCGAUGAUGAUGGUUCACCUGCCCUUAGGCUUUGGGAUAUGCGGAACAUAAUGUCACCAGUGAAGGAGUUUCUAGGGCAUACAAAAGGUGUAAUUACAAUGGCAUGGUGUCCCUCUGACAGCUCUUAUUUGCUCACUUGUGCAAAAGAUAAUCAUACUAUUUGUUGGGAUACGGUUACUGGAGAGAUUGUCUGUGAAUUGCCUGCUGGUAACAACUGGAACUUUGAUGUGCACUGGUAUCCGAAGAUGCCUGGAAUUAUAUCAGCAUCUUCCUUUGAUGGCAAAAUUGGCAUUUACAAUAUUGAGGGUUGCAGCCGAUACAGUGUUAGGGAGCUUGAUUUUGGUGCAGCGUCUUUGAGAGCUCCAAAAUGGUAUAAACGUCCUGUUGGAGCAUCUUUUGGUUUUGGAGGAAAAGUUGUCUCUUUUCGCCCUUGUUUAUCUGGUUUAGGUAGUUCUGCAUCAUCAGAGGUUUUCAUGUAUAACUUAGUUCCUGAAGAAAGUCUUGUCAGCCGUUCAUCUGAAUUUGAAUCUGCAAUACUGAAUGGGGAGAGGUCUUCACUAAGGGUUUUAUGUGAGAAGAAAUCCUAUGAGUCUGAAUCUCAGGAUGAUCGAGAAACAUGGGGCUUCUUAAAGGUGAUGUUUGAAGAUGACGGGACUGUGAGGACAAAGUUGCUCAUGCAUCUUGGUUUUAGUUUAACUGCAGAAGAAAAAGAUACUGUACAAGAUGACCGCUCUUGGAGUGUGAAUGAGACUACACAUGAGGAUAAAGUGGAAGAAAAAAGGGGCUAUGGGGGAGAGAAAGAAGCUACCCUCUUUGCAGCUGAUAAUGGGGAAGAUUUCUUCAAUAAUCUUCCAAGUCCCAAAGCUGAUACACCUGUUUCAACUUCCGAAAAUAGUUUUGCUGUUGAGAGCACAGUUCCUGGUGCAGAUCUAAUACCUCAAGAAUCAGACGGACUGGAGGAAAGUGCAGAUGCAUCAUUUGAUGAUGCUGUUCAACGUGCUUUGGUGGUGGGUGACUACAAAGGGGCAGUCGAGCAGUGCAUUGCUGCGAAUAAAAUCUCUGAUGCUUUAGUUAUUGCUCAUGUUGGUGGUUCUUCCUUAUGGGAGAGCACACGUGAUCAAUAUCUUAAGAUGAGCCGUUCACCAUACCUCAAGGUUGUCUCUGCAAUGGUGAACAAUAAUCUCACAAGCCUUGUAAACUCUAGGCCUUUGAAAUUUUGGAAAGAAACAUUGGCACUCCUCUGUACGUUUGCCCAGGGAGAGAAAUGGGCUGUACUCUGUGAUAUGCUUGCUACAAAACUAAUGGUUGCGGGUAAAACUCUGGCAGCGACUCUCUGUUAUAUAUGUGCAGGAAAUAUUGAUAAAACCGUAGAGAUUUGGUCAAGUUGCUUGACAACUGAAAAUGAUGGGAAAUCUUAUGUUGAUCUUCUUCAGGAUUUGAUGGAAAAAACGAUUGUUCUUGCUUUGGCAACUGGCCAGAAGCGAUUUGGUGCAUCUCUAUGCAAGCUUGUUGAGAAAUAUGCUGAAAUUUUGGCUAGUCAAGGACUCAUAACGACAGCAAUGGGGUAUUUGAAACUCUUCGGGUCUGAUGAGCUUUCACCUGAACUUGUGAUCUUAAAAGAUCGUAUUGCAUUUUCUACAGUACAUGAGAAAGAAACCAGUUCUUCUGUUUUUGGUAACUCUCAUCCCGCAAGUGGACCAGAGUUUGAGCCUUCACAACAGGAGUUAGCUACAUCGCAAAUUCAUGCAAGUGUUCCUGAUAGUGCUUAUGAUGAAAAUUAUCAACACUCUUUUUCUUCAUAUGGAGGGUAUGCACCUCCUGCCUUGUAUCAACCUCAACCACUGCCUGCUAAUACUUUUGUUCCUACCACAGCUCCUCAAUUUUCCUCGGCAAAUUUUGCUCCUUCACCUGGCACCACUCAGCCUACUGUUAGACCCUUUGUUCCUUCAAAUCCUCCUGUUCUAAGAAAUGCUGAUAAAUAUCAGCAGCCAACUACCCUGGGUUCUCAGUUAUAUCCUGGUGGUGCCUACCCUACGUAUCCUUUACCCUGUGGGGCCGGGUCUCUUGCAUCUGUCCCAUCACCAAUGGGAUCUAUUCCUGGCCCAAAAGUGUCCCAAGUUGUAGCUCCCACCUCAACGCCUAGGGGAUUUAUGCCAGUAACUAACCCACCUGUUGUUCAAAGACCAGGGAUGGGCCCAAUGCAACCACCCAGCCCUACACAAUCGACACCAGUACAACCAGCUGCAGCACCUGCUGCCCCUCCACCAACUGUGCAGACUGUUGAUACUUCAAAUGUACCUGCUCACCAGAAGCCUGUAAUCACAACCUUAACUAGACUUUUUAACGAGACAUCUCAAGCACUGGGUGCCUCACGUGCAAACCCAGCUAAGAAGCGUGAAAUAGAGGACAAUUCAAGGAAAAUAGGUGCCUUAUUUGCCAAACUCAACGGUGGAGACAUUUCAAAAAAUGCUUCUGAUAAGCUCAUUCAGCUUUGCCAGGCUUUGGACAAUAAUGAUUUUGGCACAGCUCUGCAAGUCCAGGUUCUUCUUACCACUAGCGAGUGGGAUGAGUGCAACUUUUGGCUUGCAACUCUGAAGCGGAUGAUUGAGACAAGGCAGAAUGUAAGAUGAGGUAGAUGGAUGUGAAAGGGAGGGCAUAAAAUCUGCAAUUAUUGGAACCCCCCCCCCCCCGGGUCUGCUUUUAUUUUUUCCUCAACAUACUUGGGGGCAGGGUACUGAUGAGCCCUUUGAUGUACACAAGAAAUGCGGCAUCUCUUUGAUUGCGGUGCAGAGGAUAUUCUUGGUUACUUCACUGCUAUAUAUUGACGACUUUGCCUCUCAUAUACUAGUCCGUUGUCAAAGCAAGUUAGUGGGAAUAGUUGCGGUGCAGAGGAUUUUUUUGUUUAUUACACAUUUUGAUAUUAGUGGCAUUUAUAAGUAGAGUAGAGUUGGCUUAUUUAGUUCGGUUGUCUUUCUUUUUUGUUUCUUUCGGGGAGGGCGGAGCGAAUUGGAUCUGACAAGCUUUUCCUGUGUUUGGUUUGUGCGUGGUAGUUAGAUGUACAACCCUUUAGCUUUUUUGUUAUCAAAACAGAAAAUUACAAAAA